GCGAACAUCGUUGGUGGAAAUACGCUGAAGUUUAUUAGGUAUUUGCACGCCAUCUGAAGAACAACGAACGCCAGCUAUCGAUCGCAAGUUUAGCCCGUCGAAUCGUUUCGAAUUCGUAUUUGGAAUGAACCACAAUAAAAUCGCCACAAAUAAAGUAAACAGUCCAAACAAGUGCCUAGCGACAAAUAAGCAAACCAACUGCAACGCAUACGGAACAAACAAAAACACAAAUAUUUCCCAUAACUGCAAUAAAUCCACGAAGUCGAAACGAAGUUAGGCGUUUUUUUUACCAGAAAACUUGGACAAAUUUAACAAAAAACGGAUAUUAAUGCAAUCAGUUCGAGACAAGGAGACAGCCAGCGGAAGACUUAAGGAGCUCAAUACUUAUAGAGGCCAUAAUCAAAGAAAUAAAGCACCAUCAACCAGCAGUGAAAAGGAACGUCUUCAAUGAUAAACCUUCGAAAACUUUUAGAAAAUAAAAAACAUCCCAAUAAACCACAACAAAUACAAGACGCGAGAAAGGAUUUGGUAAAUCAUCCAAAACCAGUUCAACAAACAUAACACAGUAAACAUUAAAAAUUAAAUCACAAGUUUUAAAACGCAAAUAAAGAUAAGAACUCUCAACAACAGUUAAAUAAAGAAUAAUAAGAGAACUGCAAGCAAACAAUAAACUACAUUUAAAUGAAAAGCCAUAAAGAAACUUAAAGCCAUUGGAAACAAGCCAUACAAGCGGUCCAGAACCUAAAAAUUAAACACAAACCAACCAGCAACUCCACUCUACGCUCAAAAUUCAAAUUUCCCGCCAAGCGACCACACUGCGCAACACACGAGCGCUGCAUCCCUGGACUUCCGCCGCAUUCCAACACUGCAGGACUGUCAGCUGUCAGUUUUCCUGUGUGUGUGCGCGCGUGAGUGUGUGCGUGCACUUAAGAAACUUAAAUUCGCGUUCUUGGCCAAAAAACCCGGGUUGUUAAUAAGUUAUAGCGUUUUCCUCGACUGAGAACUUGGCCCCCAGGCAGACGGGCACAAAAACCGCCCUAGAAACGCGCCCGCCGCCGUCGAAAAGGCCGAAAACGCCAGCGAAACGCGCGCGUUGAGUGUUUUCUGUGUGGUUUUAUUUUUGGAAUAUAAAGCGAUCUGAUCUGAAAAGUGUGCCGCGGCCGGAUUCUAGAUAUUCAGAUUCCCAGCACCCGAAACCCAAACGCAAUAAUAGACGCGCGCGGUGCCUUGGAUCUCUACGGCUCCACGGUGGAGAACUUUUACCUCAGAAUGGAUCCGACGCGAGGUGACUCGCGGUACAAUCUCAACUACUCGAUGAGUAGCAUCGGGCUGAGCCUGGCGGAUCCGGCGGACAUGUACGGCAACCCGGCCCUGGGGGCGGGCCGCCCGCCCUCCGGCGGCCUGCUCCAGAACAUGGGCGGCGUUCCGCCGAUGCAGCGCCCCAAUCCCGCGGCAGGAGCACCCCCUGCCCCCCAAUGCCAAACGCUCCACAGCCCACAGCACGCCUCCCAGCAGCAGCAGCAGCAGCAACAACAGCAGCAGCAGCAACACCAGCAGCAGCAGCAACAGCAGCAGCAUCCCCAGCAGCAACGCGGCCUCAAGCGCUCCGGCAGCGACUGCUACGAGGAUCACCACCGCUCGUCCGGCGGACUUACCCUCCAAGGACUGGACAACGUGGCCAGCGGAGCCGUCGACGACAGCGUAGACAACUACAACCCGCUGCCCAACAAGAAGUCUCCGCCCGCCAACGGCAAAAAGACAAAGGGACGUGUCAAAAUCAAAAUGGAAUACAUCGACAACAAGCUGCGUCGCUACACGACCUUCUCCAAGCGCAAGACGGGCAUCAUGAAGAAGGCCUACGAGCUGUCCACGCUGACCGGGACGCAGGUGAUGCUGCUGGUGGCCAGCGAGACGGGCCACGUGUACACAUUUGCCACGCGCAAGCUGCAGCCGAUGAUCACCUCGGAGGCGGGCAAGCAGCUCAUCCAGACCUGCCUCAACUCGCCGGAUCCGCCCAGUGUGGGCGGCGGCGACCAACGGAUGUCGGCCACCGGGUUCGAGGAGACGGAGCUCAGCUACAACAUCGCCGACGAGGACUCGAAACCUCCACAGCCGGCAGCCUCCAGUCCCAGAAGCUGCGGAGCUCUUUAGCUCUGGAUCUCAGAGGCCUCCACACACAUGAUGGGGAUCCUCUCGUGGAGUGAAGUGGAGUGGAUCGUCGGCGCGUAGUGUGUGUGCUCCUCCUGGAGCGCACUGAAGAAUGCAUUUGAUCAGAUAAUGUAAUUCGCAUUUUAAAUUGAGGCGCAUUCCCAGUUAUACUUCUUCUCACAUGCAUUUACCUGGCCGUCGCAGGCAUCCUUCGAUUUGCGAGGCGGAGGAGUACGACUGCCGGACUGGGCUCCAGCCUCAUCUUCUCCAGAGGAGCCCCACGACCAUUCCGAUCCAGCAUUGCGGGCGUUGCAUUAUUACGCACAAGUAAAUCAUCGAAAGACGUCGCUGUUGUCCACCGUCGAAAGCCAACGGCUUGUUAAGUAAUUUAGUUGGCCUUUUUUGCCAACUCUCUCGGCGCAUUUUGCUUUUUCUAUAUGGCAUUUGGCAUAUUUGUUUAAAGAGCUUCUUGUGAGCUGAAUUUGUUAUUGUCUCUAUAAAUGUAAUAAAUUGGCAUUCAAUUAGGCCAAAGGUGUUUUGUUCUCUGGUGGGUAGAAGUGCUCGCUCGGCUCGACAGUUGAUCAAGAAAUUAUGGGAGGAUUUUAUGAAAUAGCAUUAUGAAAUGCACGUUCUCAUCUUAAUUAUAAUAGCCAUAAUUUACAGAACAGAAUCGGAUUUCCAUCGGCUGUGCUAUAAUUGCUUUUUAUUCAUUUCUCCUUGUAACUUGCGACGCCUUCACUUCGAUUUCCUGAUCCCGAAAUCUUUUAGCUACUUGGCCAAUCUUGGUUCGGGGCCAUCUGGCAUUAGCAUAUCGGUCAUAAGAUCUAUAACUAAACUCGGCGGACAGUUGACAGCUACUCCGCCCCGCAGACGGAUCAGAUUGGAUCGGACGGUACGGGAUCAUAUGGGAUCCGUCAUGCGAAGAGGCUCGUCCUGCUUUCUAACGAUGGCAUUUUUGAUAUUUGUGACACGCAGAUUUUCCAUCAGUGUCAACAAGGCAUUGUUCGGCGAACGUCAACGUGGUUGGUCUGGGUCCUCCGACCUGCGGUCCACCCCGUCCUGUCUCCCGAUCUCUCCCAGACUCCCAACUCCUGACUCAACUGACAGACUCGAUCGGCCGUCCGAUCGUCGUCGAUUUUUCAGCAUCAGAGCAAAGGCAGGCAAAGUUGGGCCAAUGCAAAACCGAAUGCAGCGCGUACAUUUGCAUAGACACAAAAUUAUAUGAGACCGAGACCGCGACCGGGCCCGAAACGCAGCUUCCUGGUCUUUUUGUGUCUGAAAUUUAUGUACCCACACAAUGGGGUAACAAAACAGUUGGAGGAGACCCGCUCCGCUGCUGGGGAGCCGUGGGGCCCGUGGUGUUGGCCUAAACACCAUUCUAGCGGUUUGUUUAGCUUGUUUAUUGGCAUGAAAAUCUAUCAAAAAUGCAUCAUGCAUUUUAUAUUUAUUGUACGUAAGUACAAAAAUAAUGUGCUUGACAUUUGACCCGGCCCAAACGACAACGGCGUUAUGGCCGGGCCACAUGUUGCCCAUGGUCUGUUGCCAAUGGCCAAGAUGCCAAGUCGCCAGGUUGCCGGCAAGUCUGCCAGUCUGCAAGUCUACCAGUCCCGACUGAUUAUGAAACUGGCUGCUUUGUCGGUAUCCGGGGAUAUUUGGUUAUUGUCUUCGAACUUGCAUUCUAACACAAAUCAAAACGGGCAACAGCAAUCCCAACACUCGCCACUUAAACGCUCGUUUAUAAUGUUGUUAAAAUACAAUAAAUAGCCAGGACUCGCAGCAGGCGGUUUCCUCUGCCUCUCCGACCCCAGCAGCCCAUUUCCAUUGCUCAUGCUGAUUUAUGAAAUGUGGACGCCGAUGUGGCGGCCCACAACCGCAAGCAGAACCCCCACCCCGGCUGAGGCCAGCUCUCCUCUGGCCAGGCUUAGACUCAGUCCUGGGCACUGGGUGCUCGGUACUCGAUUCCAGGGGCCUCUAACUGGGCAAAGCCGGCAGGGGUGAUUGUGUGAUUGUGGGCCGGUGAUUGAGUUGUCGGCCUGCUGGGCUACUGUUUGCAGUUCGCCGAGUGGCUUAUCUUGCGGUGCAUCGCAGCUGUUCGACCAGCCUCCACUUAUCACGGUCCAGGAGGGGUCAAGGGUUACGACUGCACCGGGCACACAGCCCCCAUCUGUGCUCCACUGAACGUAUGGAUCAUAUGAUACAGCAGGUGGUAGGAGAAAUGAUGUUUACUGCCUUGCAGAGUAAUAUAAGCCCAAUCUAUACAUAAUACCUAAUGUAUUCCAUUAAAGUUGUGCAGGUAUCUGCUCUAAUUGCCACUCCUUAGAUACAGUUGCAUCGCAACACCAUGUCUUAUCUUAUCACUUAGUAUGCCUUACUCACCCAUGACUAGGUGCCAGCCGGUCUUGUCCAGAUCUUCCUCAUCGCCUUCCCAGCAUCCGCGAUCACCCCGAUCAAGUCUCAAGUAUUCAAGUCACCAUCUUGCGAUGUGUCCGUACAAUUUUCUUCACACACUUUCCAGUCAUCACUGAUUGAUCACACUGUUCACGUCUUUCAAUUACUGAAGCAAGAAGCCGAGGAUCGCUCCUCGUUCGUCGUGCGGGUCACGCAGUUGCUCACAGACUGAAAACGUAACCCCAGCGGUCGCAACUCUUGAGUCCCGAGCCGGAGAAACCCGAGGAGAAACCCGUUUGGAGGGGCUUAAGAGCACGAUCCGCACUGAAGGCGAUGGGGAUGGGUGCGAUAGGGAGGCGCUAUACGGCCGAUCCGCUUGCACCUUCGAGCCGCUCUCUUCGGGGCUCUCUUAAGCCGGCGCUCUCUCGCUGCCUAUUAGGCACAGGCACCCAUAUUCCAUAUUCCACAUAGUCCUCCAUGUAGCGCCGAUCUGUGGGCGGGACUUGUGGCUGCUCGUGUGCGUAUUAGAUUUUAUAGACCCGCUUGCGACUUGCUCGCCAAGUCCAUUUUGGGCCGGGCCUAUGUACAUUGGCUGCGUGGGGACAGAUGGGCAAACAAAUGAGUGGUCCCCGGUCGCAGCGGGCAUGAAAAUUCAAUUUACACCAACCUGCUACAAAAUGACGUAUCUCUGCAUGUAUUUGCUGGAAUUUAUUCAGCAUAUACUCGGAUAUCUGCGGCGGGUACUUCGUUGUUGGGUGUAACCAGUUCUCGAGCAAAAAAUAUGAAAUCAGCGAUCGAAUAUUUCGUAUUCCGCUUGUGGGCGUGGGCACGCUCCGUUCCUAUCUAUGGUCUUGGCUUUGUGUUUGAUCAUUUUUGUAAAAUGACACAAUUUAAUGAUUUCCAAACAGUUCUCGGCUUGGUCUUUGACUAAUGAUGAAAGCCCCUGGAACUGAUUUGUCAAUUAGUCUUGCAGUCGGCUGUAAUGGCUGUGGUCGAUUUUGGUAAUUUUGUCAGAUUGGGUUCUUAUAUUUGCACUUGAAUAUGACACAUAUCUCGUUCGUUAUAUAAACUUAGGUCUUACAAGUUGGAAAGCUAUUUCCAAAUGUGCGAUUAUAUUUAUUUCUCACUUAAAAUACAGUUUCUAUCUUCACAAUACUAAUUCCAUUUUCGUCUUUCACAAUUCUUGACGCUCUAUCCAAUUAAAAUGAGUUUCUUAAAUGACAAAACAACCAUUUAAAAAUUGAUUUAUUACUACGUAAUGAAACUAUAACAACUAUAGCGACCAUGGCACGCAUUCAAUGGGCUUCCCAGCAUUUAAUCGCUGUCAGGGGCUCCAGAUUGUUUUCUCAGUUAGGGACCUUCUUCGACUUCGCUUGGCUUGGCUAAAUCUAGCCAAACAUCGAACUCAGUUGGUUGGGCACCCACAUCAGCGAACCCCUCCUCCAUCUUUCCAAUCGGAGGCACUUUACAUACGCCGAGUUGAGAUCUUGUAUUCGUAUAAUUGCAAUUUCCAUUCAACUGUUUGUUCGCCGCCGGUCUGUGUCCGACUCCGUUUCAUUUGUUUGGCUAGUUUGCGGUUGUUAGUGCCCAUCAUAAAUUGCAGAAGCGGCCAGGGGAUCCCCUCCCAGUGCCUGGCCAUGCGGACCGGGAGGAGUGGCCGGAGGGAGCGGCACAGGCUAAUCGGUGGCGUUUCAUCUGCGGCCUGCUGUCCUGUUGUCCUGUUGCCUCUUGUUCGCCUGUCGGCGCACGCAUAAUUAGGCCUGAGGACAAUCGUUUUGGACGCUGCACUGCGAGAAAUUGGAGCGAGCUGAUUUAUAUACAUAUAUGUCACAAGAAAUGCUAACCUUUUUACUAAUCAUAUUCGUACAGCUCCUAGAUUAAGUUGCUAAGUUUGGUUUUCAUUUCAUGUACAAUGCUCCACAGCAAUCUACAUUUAAUUUGGCUAAGUGAACUAGUAGCAGGUUACCCCUCGCAAUUUGGCCAAAUAAUUGGUAACCGAAAACAAUAAGCUCGUUCCUCGUACUCCCGGCCAAUCGUGGCAUCCUAAUGCGGCCCAGACAUUUAAAUAGAUGCUAAUUCCCAUCAUAACUGACUGGAGACCCCGUUUCCCGUUCUCGGGUCCAAAUGAACUAAUGAAUUUGAACCCGCCACUCGAUUGUGGCAGACUCACGACGAUUGGAGACGACUGCCAACUUCCUGCUGGCCGCUUUCUUUGCGCGUGAAUCCGUGUAACCGCAACCCGCACCAGAGAAAAGGCACAAAACUGUGAUUUGCCCAAAAACAGAAAGCCGGCCAGAAAGCCUCGCUUUGCGGAUAUAAACGCUUUAAAACUCCAUAUUGUGGCCUGGCCCGGAUGCGACGACAAUUGUGAAGACGACCAAAUGGCCAAAUCCGACUCCGAGUUUAGCUGGCAAAUGUCUACGCAGUGUUGUCGCUUCUGCCGCUUUUGUUGCCCUGCGUUGUUGCCAGUUGGUUGUUGGUAGUUGGUAGUCGCUUGUUGGUUGUUCGCUUGUUGCCGCUUCGUGUCAACUGACUUCUGCCUCAGCUUUCUGCUUUUGUUUCCUCGUGGCAAGCCGCCCCAUUUUGCUUAGCCAGCCAACCCAUAACAUUUUCCCCAACGUUUCCUGCUCACAAUGUGGCCGCUGUCCUGUGGUUCUGAUUGUGUGAUUCCUCCUACAAAAUCGAGGACAGUGGUUCACGAAGAUGUCUUACUUGAAACGAAGAGAUGUCACAAUGAACAGUUCUUUAUUUGUUAUAAUUAUUUAUGUCAGGCAAUAAAUACCAUUCACUUUUCGAUAAUGUAGAAAAGUUGCAAAGUUUAUGUUAUGAAUACUUUAAAUAAACCCAAACUUGCAAGCAAGCCACUUUAGUAUCCAAUAAACCUAGUAUACAAUUUUCAUAGAGACUGGGAUUGUGUUUGUUGAUUUCAAUGAUGUGCCGUUUGGGCAAUAAACACCGGAAUUGGAGUAACCCAAAGCCAUUUCAUCUUGUAUGCAAACCCCUUUGUGCCACGGUUAUCCUUUGGCCUGUUCCCUGGGCAAUUGUGCGUUAGAUUUAAGUGCUUUCGUUUGCCAGGCUUAAUUUGCAUUUUUAUUUUUAUGUUUUCAUUGAAAGCGCCAGCAUCAAUGGAGCCCGCUGGCUGCGGAGGCUUCAGAGGCCGGAGACUUUGGAGGCUCCGGAGGAGAGCACAUUUGGCUAUUCCUUUGUUUUCGGCUUAAAGUUAUCAGUGUCGGUAGAUGUACACGGCAUCAACGGUAGCAGCAACAUGCAAAAUGCAAAUGUUUAUUGGCCAAAUGCUGAACGAUCUCGGCCAGCUGAACUGAGAACGGUCCUUCUGGCUUCGCCUCCGAGUGGCCGGGCGAUUGGAGCGGGUGCUGACUGCCACAAAGUUGUCGCCUUUUGUUGUGGCAGCAACCAUUUUGGUAAAAACAACUAAUCAAUUGGCAAAUGUGCCAUCCGUCAAUCACGCAGUCAGUUGGCGGUGGUGUAGGUCACACGACACCACACGGUGGCUGCUGCGGUGCAACUUCGCUUGCAACUUGAGCUGCAACUGCAACUGCAGCGGCCACCGAAUUGACUCGCAUUCACUUUUGGGGCACAUAAAAUGCCACCUUGGUUGUGAAUGUCAGUUAGCCAAUUUGAAAAUUCAUUCAUUCAGUGCUUUGACGACUCGCUGACUGACUAUUGCCAACAUUUAUUAUUAGCCUUUCCCAAACUGACUAUUUUUGGAGCUGCCGAUGGCCACACAGCAGCAGCAGCAGCAGGCGCAGCAGCGGCAGCCGCAGCAACAACAACAUGCCGCACAUAUCACAGCAAGACAAAUUUCUAUAUAAUUGCAUUUGUCGCAGGCUCUCCGAGCCUCUAAGUUCGAUACCACUGGCGAGGCCAGAUCGGCCAGACAAUGCCAGGCAUUAUUUUUAUAUAAAUUGCAUGCCAUUGGCCCGGCCAGUUGGCAUUCCAUCCAGCCAAUUGUCGGUGGGGAGUUGUGGCUCGAGAGUCGGGCGGGCCAGGGUUUUCGCUCCGAUUGUGUUUUUGCCUCGCUUUUAGCCAGGCUCAAACUCUAAUUGUCAUUUAAUGAGACACGCUCGGCAUUUGCGCACGACACACGACUAUCAAUUUGGCAAGUUGCAGUUGCAGGCAGCGGCAGUAGCAUCAGAUUCAGAAUCGGAAUCAGCAGUAGAAGAAGCCACCGAUGAAUCUGUUCGAUUCGCUGACAACCCCAACUUGUCGCAAGUUAAAUGCGAUAUUGAUGAAGCGCAAGUUGAAAUGGCAUUUAGCAUCUGAACCAGAUGAUAAACUAUUUAACAGAUAAGCUCGAUGAAAUUAAAACCACUUUAAUCUUCUACAGAGCUUGUUCAUCGAGUAAGCGUAUUAAAUGUUUUUAAUAAGCUGGUAUUUAUAGUUUAAAAUUCUUGGCAGUUGCAUGCUGACUCGACAUUCGAAAUUGUUGUGUUUGCAGUUUGGUAUAUGGUAUAUAUAUAAAUAAUGACAAUAGAAUAAUUUCAAAUUAAAUUGCACAUUAUAAAGUGUUCCUAUGACAUCAGCCCUUAAAUGAGAUCAUACUGUUAUUUUUAGAGCAAGAAGUGCUUAAUAGUUUAAUCGGCUGAUAAUGGAUUCAACCCCCAUGAUGAUGUCAGCUGAGAUGUCUGCGCAGUGAGCAGAUAAGGGUCUUUUUUCCCGGCGACUUCCAAUAGCCUCCGUGGCGCAAUUGGUUAGCGCGUUCGGCUGUUAACCGAAAGGUUGGUGGUUCGAGUCCACCCGGGGGCGC